AUGCCAGAUAAAGCGAAAAUCAAAAUCAAAGGUGGUGCUGCUGUUGAUCCAGAUUCAGGGCUUGAUGAGUCGUGUCAUGUCGUUAAAGACGAAGAUAGUGGCGAACCAAUGACAGCUGUUUUGGGUCUUGUCGAUGUUGUACGUGGCACAAAUUCAUAUUAUAAAGUACAAUUAUUAGAAGAAGACAAAGGACGUGGAUGGUAUCUAUUUCGAUCAUGGGGUCGUGUUGGCACAACUAUCGGAGAUUCAAAACUUGAAAAAAUGCAUUCGAAAGAGCAAGGCAUUGAAUCAUUUGAAGCCAUCUAUCUGGAUAAAACUGGCAAUCAUUGGUCAGAACGAAAAACAUUUCAAAAGGUACCGCGAAAAUUCUUUCCAUUAGAAAUUGAUUAUGGACAACAAGAUAAUGAGAUGGUACAAAAAGCAAUGGAAUUAAAAUCUGGACAGUCAUCAAAGUUAGAAAAAUCUGUUCAAGAUUUAGUUAGAAUGAUAUUUGAUGUAAAAUCGAUGGAAAAAGCUAUGUUAGAAUUUGAAAUUGAUUUAACAAAAAUGCCAUUGGGAAAAUUAUCAAAAAAUCAAAUUGAAAAAGCAUACAAAGUUUUAACUGAAUUACAAACAUUAAUUCAAAAUAAUAUAACAUCACAAACACAAAUAUUAGAUGCAAGUAAUCGAUUCUACACAUUAAUUCCUCAUGAUUUUGGCAUGACUCGUCCACCAUUAUUGGAUAAUUUAGAUAUAAUAAAAAACAAAACAGAAAUGAUUGAUAAUUUAUUGGAAAUUGAAGUUGCCUAUUCUAUGUUAGAAUCUUCUGGUUCUAGUGAAGAAGAUCCAAUUGAUACACAUUAUCGUAAAUUAAAAUGUGGUAUUACACCUGUUGACAAAACAUCGAAAGAAUUUCAAUUAAUUGAAGAAUAUAUUCGCAAUACUCAUGCAGCCACACAUCAUCAUUACGAUCUAAAAUUAGUUGAACUAUUCAAAACGGAUCGAGAAGGAGAAAUAGAAAAAUUUAAUUCCUAUCAAAAAUUAGAUAAUCAUAAGUUAUUAUGGCAUGGUUCAAGAACAACAAAUUUUGCCGGUAUUUUGAGCCAAGGUUUAAGAAUUGCACCACCAGAAGCACCUGUGACUGGCUAUAUGUUUGGCAAAGGUGUUUAUUUUGCUGAUAUGGUAUCGAAAUCAGCCAAUUAUUGUUUUAAAUCGAAAACAGAUCCCAACGGUGUACUAUUAUUGUGUGAAGUCGCCUUGGGUAGUAUGUACGAGUGUAAUCAGUCAACACAAUUAUCAGCAGCCACAUUGCCAAAAGGAAAGCAUAGUUGUAAAGGAUGCGGACAAACCGUUCCCGAUCCAAAAGGCUCGUAUUAUACAGAUGAUGGUAUUGAAAUUCCCAUGGGCAAAGGCAUUCCAUCUACACAAAAGCAUUCAUCCUUAUUGUACAAUGAAUUUAUUGUUUAUGAUACAGCACAAAUAAAUAUGAAAUAUUUAUUACGUGUCGAUUUUAUCUUCAAAUAUUAG